CAUCGGCUGGUGCCGCCAUCCGUUGGCGUGAAAUUUACGACGAAACUACCCAGCCAGAUCAGAUGUGUGAGGACGCGAGGAGGCAGGGGCAUCGCAUCCGGAUACGUGAUGCAUCUUACGAUUAACAGGGCCGCUCGCGAGGGCGAGGGGCUAUCUUUCAAGCCUGACGACGCCCACGCGAAACACGGGCACUCACCACAUUCUUGCCGCUCUCUCGUCAACGUUCAGAGUGAGAUGGAAUUUCUGGCGGCCGUUGCUUCCUUCCCUAUGCCCUGCAACUAA